CGCUGCCCAACGCUGGUAGCUCACACACACACGAGGUUCCUCUGACCUUCAGACACCAGAGUCCAGGGCUGAGUGGCUUCUCCGAGAGGAACGAAGGAGGAACUCAGGGGGCUUGUGUUCAGAGCAGAAUGGAGGUGGAGAUGUUAAGUGGAAGAGGCUCCAAACCUAGCGUGGCUUCUUGUACACUCACGAAAGUGGCUCUGAUCACGUUGGUGUGUUUGUGCCUUGCUCUACUUAUUGCUGUCAUUGCAGUCUCACAGAAAACAGCCAAAGAAGAGUUCUGUCUAACGCCGGAGUGCAUCGAAGCAGCUGGCUCCAUUCUGAACAAAAUGGACCCCAGCGCCAACCCGUGUGAUGAUUUCUACCAGUACGCGUGUGGAGGCUGGCUCAGAGAAAACCCCAUCCCAGAAGAUUCCUCCAGCUAUGGGAUCUAUCCCUGGCUCCGGCACAACGUGGACCUCAAACUCAAAGAGCUGCUGGAACAGCCCACUGCGGACGGAGACAUCGAGGCAGUGAAGAAGGCAAAGAUGUUGUACCGCUCCUGUAUGAACGAGACUGCCAUCGAGAUGGUGGACUCCAAGCCGCUGCUGAAGGAGCUGAAGAAGCGUGAGUUCCGCUGGCCCGUCCUGGGUGACACUCUGGGAUCUGACAUACAGUGGGAUGUGAGAAAGUUUGACCUGCUCCAGACACUGGCUCAGAUCCGCACUCAGUACAGCAAAUCCGUCCUGCUGCGUCUCUACGUCUCUCCUGAUGACAAGAACUCUCAGGUGUUCAUCAUCAAGCUGGACCAGGCAUCCUUGGCUUUAUCCAGAGAUGAUUACAUCACCAACAGCGCUGAGGCACAAACAAAUCGAGAGGCUCUCCUGAAGCUCAUGGUGGACGUGGCCGUCAUGCUGGGAGCCAGUGAGCAGGCAGCUGAGACUCAGAUGAAAGCAACGCUCGACUUUGAGAUGAAAGUCGCUCAGAUCAUGAUUUCUUAUGAGAACCGCACCAGUGAGAACAUGUACAACAGAUACAGCCUGUCUAAACUACAGCGCACUAUCCCUGAGUUUAACUGGUUGACGUUUGUUCGAGCAGCGAUCGACUCUAAACUCCAUCCAGAUCUUUCCAUCUCGUCCUCGGAGCAGGUGAUCGUUCGAGCUCCUCAGUAUUUGAAGGAUCUUUUCCGGCUGGUUAAUGUGACAGAGAGCAGGACGGUGGCGAAUUACGUGGUGUGGAGGUCCAUCCUGUCCCGAGUCACCACGCUGAGCCGACGUUUCCUCUACAGAUACCUUGAUUUCGCUCGAGUGACGACAGGAACUACGUCUCUGAUGCCUCGAUGGGACAAGUGUGUUAAUUACGUGGAGAGCACAUUAAUGUAUGCCACUGGACGCCUGUUUGUUGAUAAGCAUUUUCAGGAAGAUAAGAAACAUAUGAUGGAGGAACUGAUUGAUGGCAUCCGCUGGGCAUUUAUUGACAUGCUGGAGAAAGAAAAUGACUGGAUGGACACAGAAACCAAGAUGAAGGCCAUUGAGAAGGCCCAUGCCGUUCUGCCUAAAGUGGGUUAUCCAGAAUUCAUCUUGAACAACACCUACAUCAACGAGGACAUCCGACAGUUAUCGUUUUUGGAGAAGGAUUAUUUUGGGAAUGUGAUGCAGACAUUGCGUUUCAUCUCGCAGUCAGACAUCGGCUGGCUCAGAACUACUGUUCCACGCACAGAGUGGUUCACAAGUCCAACAACUGUGAACGCUUUCUACAGCUCCUCCACCAACCAGAUCAGAUUUCCAGCAGGAGAACUCCAGAAGCCGUUCUUCUGGGGACUGAACUAUCCUCAAUCGUUAAAUUACGGAGCGAUUGGUGUGAUCGUUGGACAUGAACUCACACAUGCUUUUGAUAACAAUGGUCGGAAAUACGAUAAAGACGGGAAUCUGAAUCAGUGGUGGAGCAACGCUUCAGUCACCAACUUCAACGAUAAAACUCAGUGUAUAAUCAACCAAUACAACAACUACUCCUGGAAGGAGGCGGGGCUUAAUGUGAAAGGGAAGAGAACGCUGGCAGAGAACAUUGCUGACAAUGGAGGAAUCCGGGAAGCUUUCAGGGCGUACAGGAGGUGGGUGCAGAAGGAAAGGUCAGGGGUCGAGGAGCCGUUAUUACCAGGAGUGGGUCUGACCAACAAUCAGCUCUUCUUCCUCAGUUACGCUCAUGUUCGUUGUAGCAGUUACAGACCCGAAGCAGCUCGUGAUCAGAUCCUCAGUGGAGCUCACAGUCCUCCUAAAUACAGGGUCAUCGGUGCUAUGAGUAAUUUCGAGGAGUUCCGAAAGACUUUUAACUGCCCUACAACAUCAAUCAUGAACAGGGGGGCGGAGUCAUGCCGGGUGUGGUAGCACUGGAGAGCAUAGCAAGUUCUAAGCUCCUGAACAUGGACCAAACCUCAACCACUGUGUACUAGCCAGAACCAGACCUCUGUAGACCACUGUAUCUCCUGUUCUCAUUCACUGGAACCCAAGAACAUUUCGAGCAUCAUGUUCUUCUCCUCAUCACCUCCAUCUGAUCUCUGCUGUAUGACAAACUGGAAAUCUAAACAUGUUUGUGGAACCUGAAUGUUCUGUAAAUGAGAUCCAUCCUCCACAGUUCUUUGGUUGUCACUCAGUGAAGUGUGGAACCUUACACCUGAGUGAAUCCCUAUAGUUCCAAGCAGAACCCUUUAGAAAGGUGUGAACGUUUAAAGAACCAUUUUUCUUAAUGGAUAGUUAAGGUUUUUUAGCUUCUAGCAAAAGGACACGACUUUGUUAUAGGGUUCUACAUAGAACCUUCCAGGGUUCCUUAUAUCUAACAAACCAUAAUACCCAAAAUUCAUUGGCUAGGGUUCUACUCAGGGGUCUACACAGCACAUUUAAGGGUUCCAAGUCAAAAAUAUUUUAGAACUAGAUGUAUUUUUCCCUAAGAGCAUUCUAAUGUAACGUUUAGGAAAAAAGGCUGCAAUUUAGAAUGAUUGAAGAGUCUCUGGAUGUUCCUCUGAGGAACCCUUAAAGGUUCUAUGUAGAACUUUUACCAUAGAGUGUUUUCCUCUCAAAAUGAGUUCCAAGAAGAAACAUUUUAGAAAGGUUCAUUAUAUAUAUAUUUUUUAAAUCUAAUUGGAUAGUUAAAUUUUCUUAGUUUUAAAAAAAUGUAGAACCCAUAGUGACAGGGGAACACUGUUGUAAGGUUCACUAUGUAGAACCUUUUAUGGUUCCCAAGAGGAACACCCAAAUAAUGCUUAAGAAAGUUCUACAGUGCCUUGAAAAGGUUUUCAUACCCCUUGAACUUUUUCACAUUUUUCCACCUUAC